AUGGGUUCCAUGCCUCGUCUUUUGAUCUCUUUAUUUGCUUGUCUGGCCUUAGUUCCAGCGAUCCUUGGUGCCUUACAUACUAGCUUCCCUUACGGCGAGGAGAAGAUUCGCGGUGUCAACUUGGGUGGCUGGCUCGUGCUAGAGUCUUUUACCACUCCUUCGCUCUUUGAUCGGACGGGAGAUGUCCGAGUUGUCGAUGAAUAUACCUUUGGAAAAUACAUGCCUAAGCUUCGCGCCGAAGAGCUUCUCAAGGAACACUGGGACACCUUCAUCACCGAGAAGGAUUUCGAAGAUAUUGCUGCUGCAGGUCUCAACCACGUUCGCAUUCCGAUUGGGCAUUGGAUGUUCGAGCGUGGCCCAGACGACCCUUACUACCAAGGCCAGCUCCCUUAUCUCCUCAAGGCCGUUGAAUGGGCUAGGAAAUACGGUAUCCACAUCAUUGUGGCCUUGUAUGGUCUGCACAGAUUCAUCAACUCUGGUCAUUUCCGUGAUGCCGCGUAUUGGCACAAGAACGGGACCAACGUCGACCGUACUCUCAACGUGAUGAAAACUUUGACCGCGAUGUUCGAGGACCAGACUGACGUCGUCUCCAUCAUUCAAGUUAUGAACGAAGCUGCUGGUUUCCGCAAAGCAAUUCUCAAUCCCGAACUUCUUGAGGUUCUCAAAAAGUACUACUAUGAUAGUUACAACUUCAUUCGUAACCCUCUCGGCGGAAAGAAGAAGAGCAACCUGAUCGUCAUGCUUCACGAUGCCUUCCAACACUUGAGCUACUGGAACAACUUCAUGCCCAACAAUACCUACGAAGGUGUUAUGAUGGAUACCCACAUUUAUCAGAUGUUUAAUGAUCACGACGCCCAUAUGACCUACGACGAGCACAUCCAACGCGCCUGCGCCAAUGCCACUAUCAUGUCCAAGUCUCCAAUGAUGACCAUCAUCGGUGAAUGGACUUCCACCAACAAUGACUGCGGUCCCCAUCUCCUCGGACGUUUCGUCGGCCAACGCUAUGAUGGCACCCUUCCCGGAACCAACCGCGUCGGCAGCUGCAUUGGCAGGACUGGCAAGGCCUCCACCUUCAGCGACGACUACAAGGAGUUCAUGAGGAAGUACUGGGAAGCCCAAACUCAGUCUUACGAGAAGGGUGGAGAGGGUUGGAUCAUGUGGACCUGGAAGAUGGAGAAUGCGGACGAGUGGUCGUACAAGGCUGGAUUGGAGAACGGUUGGAUUCCUCAGGACCCUACCGACUACAAGUACCCCAACGUUUGUGUCAGGGUCAUCAAAGUCUUGUUCUGA